AUGUCCUUCAAGGAUUCACUCCGUAAGGUGUUGGUAGAGGGUGAUGUAGACAGAAACAUGCUCUUGAAAAAUAUUAUUAUUGACGCCAGAAGACGCUGCUUUUACCAAAACAUUAUCUUUUUUCACAUUACGAUAAGGGUGUUGUCUUUCAUUUUUUUAAAUGCAGGUCGCGGGAAAGAAGCUUUGGUGAAUUACAAAACAGCCCUGCAGCUCAACCCCAAUCACACAGUGGCUUUGGUGAACAUGGGUCGGCAUUUGCGUGCAGCAGGAAAUAUUCAGGAAGCGGAGCAAGCUUAUAAGAGGGCUUUGUCAGUAAAACAGGAACCGAGUACGCUGCAGUUGCUUGGAGUAUUGUAUUACCACAAAAAACAGUUGAAAGAAGCUGAACUGGCUUGGAAACAAGCUUUAGAACUGGACCCAUCAAACCUUGACACUCGAUCAAAUUAUGCCGUUCUUCUUGGUCAAACAAACAGACUCAAUGAGGCUGUGAGCAUUCUGAAGGGCCUGGUUCUAGAUGAUCCUAACAACCAAGAACAUUACAAA